UCAAUCUCGGAUCCUAAGAUCGGGUGUGGCCGCUCUCUUGGUGUUCAAGGACUUCGGAUUGCCAGCUGGGUCUCUAAACCGAACCGUGAGGGGCCCGUCUCCCCGUUCUCAGGCGUUCCAAGGGCUCUGCACUUCCCGGCAGAUCUCAGGCGCUCAGGAAUCCCAGGGAGAAUCCCAAGGGGUCUCUCCAGCCAGAGAACUCCCCUGGGGCCUUUGCUUGGGGAGGGCAUCAUUUCUCAGCGCAGUGCCUCCCCCCCCACACCCCCCACCCCCGACCUUCCCCUCUCCAGGUCUGAUAAUGGUUAGAGCUGAGCCAAUACUUGGAGUGUAUUUCUAACUUGAGAGCCGGGUAAAUUAUGUGAGAGAUUUUUCUCUUAGGAUUAUUGAACACUGAAAGAUGAUUAUCUGAGGAAGCCUUAAAAGGGUCGACAUGCACAAAGUAGAGGCAAAGUAGAUUACAAUGAAGUUACACCACUGAAUCUUCAUUCUAUGGACCUUAAUUUUGUAAGAUGUAUCCCCUACAGCCACAAAGUAAGGCUCUCUGUUUUUUGUUUUGUUUUGUUUUGUUUUGUUUUAAAGAGAGAGAGAGAGAGAAUCAUUUUUGUAGAUGAACACAACAUAAUGCCUUUAUUUUUAUGUGGUGCUGAGAAUCGAGCCCAGGUCGCAACCUUGCCAGCUUUCAGAGUUUCACAGAAGUUUCCUGUACCACCUUCUAUGAUGUCUACCAAGAGAAAUCAGACCCAGAAGAUGAGGCUGCCUACAUUUACUCAAAAGGUACCACUGGAGGUGCCAUCCCCAACAGAGAAGGACUGGUCUAAGGAUAACAUAGAGGAUUAUGUCAUCAAGGACCUAGAUGAGGGGGUGAAUUCCCUGCCUCAGCCUUAUCGAAUGAUCAAUAAGCUGGUGAAUCUUGUGUUUGACUUGGCAUGGGAACUUAUUGAAGAGAGGGAUACCUUGAAGGAAUCUGAGAUUGAUUGCAUCCAGCUCACUAUCUACCCUCCACUGACAGAAGUCCAGCUAAACAAAAUGCCCAAUUGUAUGGCUAUUUCCCAAGACUAUGUAUUUAUUGGAGUAGGCAAAGGAUUCUUCAUCUAUAAUCUGUACAAUACUAAACGAAUAUGUACUUGGGAGAAACUUAAGGUUGAUGUCACCUCCAUCUGGGCCACAGAUUUAGGAAAUGAAAUACUGAUUGCUCUCCUGGAUGAAAUGGGUAUCAUUAGACUGUUUUACUUUUAUAAGGAUAGCCUUUUCCUAAUCAAAGCCAUCAAUGAAGUGGAGGAUACCAGCAAGCAUAACACCUGUGUAAAGAUGGCGAUCUCUCAGGGUGGGGACUUUGCAGCCUUCCUCCUACAAGGAGUUGGAGAUGUUUGGCUGGAUGUGUAUAAGUUGCCCAAGGAGUCUUGGCUCAAGGAAGUGGAGCAUCCUCAAGUCACUUCAAAUGCAAAGAAAAAAGCCAGACAGACGCAACUGAACUCUGUCGAUCCCACUCCUAUAGAUAACUUAGAAAUGGAUAUGAACAUUUAUUUUAGAGGUGAUAUUAAGUUGAGUUUUCCAGUUCCCAUAAUGAAGAUCAAACCACCUAAACCUAUAACAGGCACGACAUUUAAAAGUCCUCUGGAAGUCUUUGCAAAGGUAGAAGACUGCUAUGGGCUGGGCUCUGGGCAGAAUCACUUCAUCAAGGAGAGUCAGUGGGAACACCAAGCAGAGAUCUUCUACACCUCCUACAGGAAGUUCCUGGAUGAGGAAUGGGAGGAGGAGCCACUCAGUUCGGCCACAUUCCACUUCCUCCUUCCCAGCUGCCUCACUGCAAUGCCAGCAGAAGUCAGGAGCCCCUCAGGUAGGAGUAGCCUGCAUCCUUGGCAUACACUGGACCAGACAUCACAACUUCUUCCUCUAUUCACUCAACCGAACUCUGAAGGAUAAAGCUGGUACUUUACCGUGUGACAGGAGUGGCCUAAGCUCAGGGCCCUGAGGACACCUCCUUCUCCAGCUUAGCUGGGUGUGAGGUCCAUACAUCAUUGUUGCUUUAGGGAGCCAGAGCUAUGGUGUGACCUCAGGGGUCUGUCCCUAAACUGUCAUGUUUCUUCAAGAUGACAGGACAAGAGGGACAAAGCCCAGAGGCAGGUCCAUAGAGAAAGUGAUACUGAAAUCUAAGUCCUUUCCCUGAUUCAAAUCUAAUAAUGAGGACAGGGUUUUGAGAAAAAGGAAAAAGAGGUUUUACUGAUUUGCUAGCAAUUGAGAAACAUAGUAGACUCAGGUCUCAGGCUUUGAUUCUAAAUGUCACAGGGAACAGAGGGCUUUAAAAGGGGGAACAACAACUGGGCACAGAGGUACAUACCUGUAAUCCCAGCAACUCAAGAGAUUGAGGCAGGAGGAUGACCAAGUUCAAGGCCAGCCCUGGCAACUUAGAAAGACCAUGUCUUAAAAUGAAAAUAAAAAGGACUGUGUAUGUAAAUCAGUGGUAGAGCACCCCCUGGGUUCAAUCCUCACCACCAUAGGAAAAAAAGGUGGCGUGUAUACCAAGUAGCAUUGUUGGAAGAUGCAUCCUUGAGAGAGCUGUUGUUUCUGUUUACAGAUCCAGAGUUUCUUUAUUCUUAUGGUCAGGGGUGGAAGGACAGAUAACUUGACUUAGGAUAGGAAGAAUGUUAAUUUUACUUCCCCCACUGUUAGGGAGGGGACAGGGGAGAAAAGGAAAGGGAAAAAAAUCAAUUUAGAAAUAAGCAACCAGGGGUCAAGCAGCAGCAAGGCUUGUAUUUAAAGCAUGAAAUGGAUCCUUGUUACAUGAAAGGGACCCCUGUUAAAGAAGGAGGGUGGGCUCGGAUCAUCCCUGCCCAGCUGUCUGAAAACUGUGUAGUCCUGGGCCAGUCACUUCAUACCACAAAUCAGUUUUCUCACCUGAAAUACAGAGCUAAUUCAUUACACCAUCACGAUCUACUACAUGUGUGUGUUGUGUAGAACAAAUUCCAGAAUCUCUGUAUGUGAAAGUCUUUGAAAUUGAAAAGCACUAAGGAAAUAUGGGUGACGAUUGCUGUUAGGCAAAUCCAUGAGGACAGUUUUGUGAGCAAGUUUGCUUCGGUAAGUGCUUGAGCUGUACACUUAUGUUAUACUUUCACAUUGUCAAAAAAAAAAAAAAAACCACAAAGAAAGAGUUUCUUUCCAUCUGUCACUCUCCCAGGCAGC